AUGAACUGUGAAUCUCUGCUCACUGCUCUCGACGUCUCCUCGUUGCUCUCGACUCUUUCCUCCCCAGAAAAAGAGCAUCGUCGGAAGCGUCGUCGCGGGGAAGUGGCCAACCCGUCAAACACAUUGGAUGCACUCGUUGCCCGGAAAGCAGAUGAUCAACCGUUCGAGAAGAGAUAUCUGAGUGAGCAAGAGGCCAUCGAAGGACCAGAUGACGAGAUUGAAAUGAAGAAAAUGGAGAUGGAUCCCGAUGUGUCAACCCGCACCUGCUCGACGUGUGGAUACCAAGGAAAGUGGGUCUCCGAGAUGAUCCGUCACAAGAGAGUGCACACGAGCGAGAGACCAUUCAAGUGCCGCUACUGCUCCAGAACCAGCAAGUGGAAGGCUGAUCUCAUUCGUCAUGUCGCAAGUGAGUUCAACUAACCAACUGUGGUGACCUCUUUAUGAUUGUCCCCUUCCAGAAACACAUGGCAUUCGUGUUGUUUCCAAGUACAGUCGUUCAAAAGUGUUUGAUUCCACAACUACCUGCCUUGAUUCUCCUUCCGAUUCCGAUCGCAUGAUGUGCUCCGAGAAGCGCUGCGUCCUCUACCGUUGCCAGUUGUGCUCCUUCGAAGACGAAAGAGUCUCUGUUCUGAACAACCACGUCAACCAAAUCCACAACACAUCUCCAUGCGUCUGCCGAUGCGGAGCCAAGUUUGAAGACGUGCAAGGAGCUCUUGCUCAUUCAAACGGACCAUGCACACACACCGAAAUGGUCUACAAUGUGAUGCCUACUUACGAAAAAGGUAAAAUAGUCUGAUCUCAUUACUAGAAGCCCAUCCUCUGUGUUUCCAGCGUCUCCAUUGUCUCCGUGCCGAAGUGAGACCUCAUCGGACAGUGGAAUCCAAACGGACCCGGAAGAAGAAAAUCCGGCAGUGCCGACAGCCAUCGCCACUCCCCUCAUCGGAUCGUCCCCGCUCCUGCUCUCGCCCACUCUUCCGAUAUCCUCCCCGACCUUCCUCCCAGAUAUCCACUCGGCCCUUCUCAGUCUUCAGCCGUCUCCCCUCAUGUCUCUCUAUUUGGCCUCGCUCCUACAGUCCUCUCUGCUGAGCCCAUCCCUUCACACUUCCACUUCGUUCCCGCAGAUGGUCCCCAUAACUAUACUCACUCCAGAGCCGCUCCAAGAAGAAAUGGUUGACGUUGAGAUGUGA